AUGGCUGAUACUCCAAAGGAAGGAAAACUGACCAGAUUUCUGGACUUCACCCAGCUGAUUGACAUGGCCUCUGAGUGCGUGGGAGGAAAGGUUUUGUUUGCGACGGACGACUUUUUCGGCCCUGCAGAGAACCUCAUAAAGAGCAGUAGUCCGAGUUUUAAGGAACAUGAAUAUACACAGUUUGGGAAAUGGAUGGAUGGAUGGGAGACCAGGCGGAAGCGGAUUCCAGGUCAUGACUGGUGUGUCAUCCAGCUGGGGGUACAGGGCAUUAUCCGUGGCAUCGACGUGGACAUUUCUUACUUCUCAGGGAGCUAUGCUCCUCGUGUGUCAAUUCAAGCAGCAAACUUGAGUGAAGAAAGAGUGCCAGACAUCCCACCAAGAGGAGUCAAGACAGGAGCUGCAGCAACGCCUGAGGAGUUUGGGAUCAUUAGCGAGCUAAAUUCGGACUCCUGGGAGUACCUGGUUCCCAUGUCAGAGCUUAAGCCAGGGGACCCUGACUCCAGCCACAACUAUUUUUUGGUCAAUUCCCAGCAGAGAUGGACUCACAUAAGACUCAACAUCUUCCCAGAUGGUGGCAUCGCACGCCUCCGAGUGUACGGUACUGGACAGAGGGACUGGACUUCAUCGGGCGCCAAGGAUCCUGUAGACCUUGUGGCCAUUGCUUUUGGGGGCAUCUGUGUAGGAUUUAGUAAUGCGCACUUUGGUCAUCCAAAUAAUAUGAUAGGUGUUGGCAAGCCCAGGUCUAUGGCAGAUGGCUGGGAAACUGCGAGAAGGUUGGACAGACCCCCCGUGUUAGAAAAUGAUGAGAAUGGCCUUCUCCAGGUCCCGGGUUGUGAGUGGGCGGUGUUCCGACUGGCACAUCCUGGAGUCAUCACCCAAAUUGAAAUCGAUACGAAGUACUUUAAAGGCAAUUCUCCCGACAGCUGCAAAGUGGAUGGGUGCAUCCUGACCACGCAGGAAGAGGAAGACAUGAUCAGGCAAAAGUGGGAUCUUCCUGCCCAUAAGUGGAAGCCACUGCUUCCGGUCACCAAGCUAUCUCCCAAUCAAAAUCACCUGUUGGACAGCCUGACACUGGAGCUCCAGGAUGUCAUUACGCAUGCCAGGAUUACCAUCACCCCAGAUGGAGGCAUAAGCCGCCUUCGGCUCAAGGGCUACCCCAGCUCCAUCUGUUUGCUGAGGCCCCUCCGGGAGAAGCCCAUGCUGAGGUUCUCUCUGGGCUUCAGGGCAAAUCUUUAA